AUGUCGGUUACUCAAAACAUUCAUUGUCCUGGUAUUGAUUACCUUGUUGUGAUUGAUUUCGAAGCAACUUGUGACGAGAACAACACAAUUCCACAAACUAUACUAGUGACAAAGGAAACGGCAGAAAUCAUAGAGUUUGCCUGGGUGAUUGUUGAUACCAGCACUUUGGAAGUGGUGUAUCAACACUCUCAAUAUGUCAAACCAGAAGCUACUCCUUUGACUCCUUUCUGUACCAGUCUAACCAAUAUAACUUGGGAAAAUCUCGAAACCGCGGGUACUUUAAAAGAUGCCAUAACCACUUUGGAUGACUACAUUAAAAACUACAUCAUCGCCAACAACAAAACGUUUUGCUUUUGCACUCACGGAGCAUGGGACCUUAGGAUCCAAUUGCCUAGAGAAGCACGGGAUAAGCGUAUUGAAUUACCUCCUUAUCUGGCACAUUGUAGAAUGUUUGAUUUAAAACAGGAGUAUCAAAGAUGGCAAGUGCAUCAUCCAGAUGUGAUAUUAAAAAAUCAUUCUUUAAAUGAAAUGUGCGCUGCCUUUGAAUUACAAAUGGGUGGUCAACCACAUUCUGGAUUAAGAGAUUCACUUACUAUGGUUUCCAUUAUUCGAUACUUUUGCUCUUUCGGACAUCCUGAUGUGUUUGUGAACCCUAUUGACACCAACGCAGAUUUGAACCAAUUUAAAAAAGAAGAAUCUAAAGUGAUUCAUUUGGCGGGUUUACCAUAUGAUGUUACACAACCUGAAUUAGAGGCUUGGUUUUCAGGUCAAGGUGUUAGACCAACAGUAUUAUGGAUGAUUCGAACGCCCGAUCAUCAGAAACCAAGCGGUUCCGGGUUUGGAAUCUUUGCAUCACAUGAAGACGCUAUGGCCUGUUUAGAGAUGAAUGGGAGAACUUUAGGAGAUAGAGCUAUAGAAGUGAGUCCAAGUAGUGAAAGAGUUAUUGAAGCAGCUGGAGCAAUAUUAGCAUCAUUUCCGAUGUCCAAAAAUCGUCUUCGGCCGGGUGAUUGGGUUUGUCCAACUUGUCAGUUCCAUAACUUUGCUUCUAGGAGGACGUGUUUUAAGUGCAAUGCUAUGAACCCAAACCCUUCUCCGGUGCCUGGAACACCUCCAAAUUUUACAUUAGGAGAUUGGAUGUGUCCAACCCCACAAUGUAAUUUCCAUAAUUAUGCAUCUCGGACUCAGUGUUUAAGAUGCGGAACAUUCAAACCUCAGGGAAUGUAUGGUCCACCGCCGUCAGCAAAUAUGUCUUUUCGUCCUGGAGAUUGGAUUUGUCCAAAUCCAAGCUGUGUCUUUCAAAAUUUUGCUUCUAGAACGAUUUGUAUGCGAUGUGGUGCUACGAAUCAUAUCGGAUAUGAUGCAUACGGGAACCUAACAACACAGGAUCAAGGAGGUUAUGCUGGUAGUGUUAGUCACGGGUCUUCGUCACCUGCUCCGGCACCCUUCCGGCCGGGGGAUUGGUAUUGUCCUAGUUGUAACACUCAUAACUUCGCUUCACGAUUUCAGUGUAUUCGUUGUGCAAUAAGUAAACCUCCUCAAGUUGCAAAUAGCGUUGCCAUCACAGCUAACAUGAAACCUGGGGAUUGGUUAUGUAGUAAUGAAAUGUGCGGGUAUCAUAAUUUUGCGAAAAGAACUCAUUGUGCAAAAUGUGGUAUGCCGAAUAAUUCUACAGCGGGUGGAGAGAAUGGGUUUCAACAAUAA